GUGUGGGAUUACGUUCGCUACGGUGCAAACGAUUUCUUGGGUGAAGUUCUUUUAGAUUUAAGUGUUUGUCCAUUAGACGAUGAACCUGAGUGGUAUUAUCUUGCUGCCCAUGAAGAUGUUAUGUUAUCACAUUCAUAUCGGCGCGAAUAUGAUCCGAUCGCGGUACCAACUACUGGAGGUCUUCACGAUCUGGACAUGAUCCUGACACCGACUGAUCACCUUUCCCCUCCUUCAACAACUACAUCUCGUUUGUCCGAUUCAGAUACAACAUCAGAGUGUGAUUUAUUGCUGCUCGAUUUAGCAGCAUCAGAAACUGCUGGCGGAAGCGGUUCGGCGGUUUCGGGAACCGCCACCAGCACUGGUACAGGCGGCAGUCGAAGAUUUGUUGCAGACGGCGCUAGUGUUUCGAGUGUUGGAUCUAGUUCGAGUCCUCCACCAGAGCAUUCUUAUCAUCCGAUGGACGUAAGUGAACGUAGAUCGCGGAGAGAUAUGUCUCCGCAGGGCAGAAAACGAGCAGCUGGUAUGAUGAAUCGGGAGAAAUGCGACACUUUGCCGUACGGUCACGGUUACAGAAAGAACGGUCCAAUCGCAUCAGGCCAACGUUCUCAUUCCGCAGCACCUACGGAUUCUCCAUCAGAAAACCAUCACAGAUCUAGUUCGCGUCAUCACACUAGUGGCAACCACUAUGGGAGAGAUCAUCACGGUAGUCAAUACCACUCAACAACUUCUUCAAGACACCAUUCGAGGUCCAGGAGCAAAUCGCCGACAGGUCAUCGUAGUCUAUCACCACCUGAGGUUAGGUUGUCCUCGGAUGGUGGCUAUGCGGAAAGGGGUUAUUAUUAUACGAGGGAAGAUCGCGGAUAUAUGAGCAGUGGUGGAAUGGGUGGUCAUACGGGUAUUUCUCAUAGAUUUCAAAGUAGGAGUGCAACUGCCACGCCGACGGGGUCGCCCAAGAAACGGCAGUUGCCGCAAAUACCUCAGACUCUUCAUAGGGCAAUAAGAGAUCGUAUGAUGACUCAAGAUCUAGACGAUAGAGCAAGAUCUAUGAAGCAUCGACUGCGGCAAAUGCAGACUUACAGAAGCACAGGUUCUGGCUGGGAUAGACAUUAUGCAGGUCUUUCUGAUAGUGACUUGGCGACGCAUUCAUAUGAAGAUAGACGAUCAAGACCACGUCAUCUACUAUCGCCUGAUAAAGAUUAUCCUGGUGGUUUGGAUUCUGAUUUGGAAUCAGUAGUUAGUGUGACAAGCAGUGCUCUUUCCACACAGAGCGAGCGACCACGAGGUUCCAGAGGACUCAGUGCGGACUAUGAACAUUCUGGUCUCGUCCGAGUUGAAGUUGGUAGCAGAAGUCCACGGGAUCGUGAAGGACUUGGUUUAGAUAGAGAUGCUCCACCAUCUAGAAGAGGAAGUAAAAGAGGGCAAUUCACUAGAAGUUUAUCUAACACCGAUGUGCCACCCGAUGAUAAGACUGAUGGCAGCCUGAGCGACACAGCUGCUCACUUAACGCCUACACCUCAGAGUCUUGAAGAACCUUCAAGGGCUUCUAAGACUGAUGAUUCGCGUUCACCUACGAAGAGUGGAGAUAGUUCUGGUGGUAGUACGAGGGCUGAACGUACACGAUCUGAUUUUCCUGGAGCGACUGGCAUGGGCAAAAAGAGCAACUCGACGUCACAGCUGUCUGCGACAGGCCGUAAGAGACGCAUGGGUUUCGGCAAGCGCGGCAAGAACUCUUUCACGGUGCACCGAAGCGAGGAGGUCAUUCCUGGUGAUGCCCUGAUGCGUCUUCAUCCUAACACUGUUUCCUCGAGGGCGUCUUCGCAGUCCAGCGACGGAGAGGGUUCCAACGACGGCGACAGAUUGGCGGCGGAAAGCAACCAGCUCGCAGACUUCAUCGGAGGCUUGGGUCCUGGUCAACUGGUCGGAAGGCAGGUUCUGGGAUCACCAAUCUAUGGGGACAUACAACUCUCGCUGUGUUUCCAGAAGGGAUGUCUUGAGGUGGAGGUGAUACGAGCCCGCGACUUACUGAACAUAUCGCAUACAGCAAUUUUACCGUUGCCUUUUGUCAAAGUAUUUAUUGUGAAUGGAAAACGAGUUUUAGAUAAAGGAAAAACAGGACAUGCUCGACGUACUCUCGAUCCGCUUUUCCAGCAACAUCUCACUUUUCGGAAAGGUCUGCAAGGAAGCAUCAUGCAGGUCACAGUUUGGGGUGAUCACAGCAGAAACAAACGUGAUUUUAUGGGUGUCGCUCAGAUUCUUCUCGAUGAUCUGAAUUUGUCCAAUAUUGUCAUCGGAUGGUACAGAUUAUUUGGCACUUCGUCCUUGGUAAGUUGA